UGCUUGAAUCCAAUGUGGCAUGGUGUGGCAAUGGCGACGCAGAGCUGUUGUGAUCUCCUUGUUGGCUGUCCCUGGCGUGGUGUACAACCUUUACCUUUACAUCCCCACAGUUCAGCCCUCUCUUUUCCUGUUCCUUUCCUCAUCGAACAGGAGCACUGGGUUUCCAGAAAAGAACACGAGCACUUCAGUUGUUUCUGAUUUUUCUAGCAGAAGGGUUUCCACAACAACUUCAACAUCCAGCACACAACUUCCAAACACAACUUGGAGCCUGAGUUCCUCAAGUUCAAGCAUUUCAGUUUCAGAUACAACAGCCAUCAACGGGAACCCUUGUGUACGAGAGGCUUGGGCUACACUUUUCUCAACAGGAGUUACGGCAGACUGGGACACAGCAAAGAGCUACUUGUUAGCAACUCUUGUGCUCAGGAACAGCGUGCAGAAGUUCGAACGCUGUCGUCCACAUCGGCCGUUUUUUGUGUUGCACAACCAAAGCUUCAGUGAACCAGAUCGGUGGGCAACAAUGGAAUUGUCGAAAAUGGGCUUUGUAGACGUUCCUUUAUCCAUGGAGGUGCCAUAUCCAAAUCCUAAAAGACCAGAGCUGUCCAUUGGCUGGUUGAAGCUGGCGGUUUGGAAUCUGACGACCUGGGACCGGAUUGUGGUUUUGGAUGCCGACAUGCUGGCGAUAGGACCCUUGGAGGGUGCCUUCUUUCCAGCUUCUCAUGUUCCUCCGCUCUCGUUGAUUACGAGUCCAAUGGGAGCUCCAAACUCUUUCAGGUCGGUGAAUAUUGGCGUCAUGUCCAUCCAGCCAUCCGCCAGAGUCUUUGAAACAAUGUUGCGUGAACUUCAUUCCUUCGACCAUCGCACCAACAAGCCUGACAGCCAGGACCAAGGAUGGAUUGAGAUGUUCUUCAAGCGGUGGGGCUCAUUUGGAGGAGUUUAUGAUGGUGCGGGUUCCUGUGUGGAUGCGCCUCAGUUCAUGGAUUUGGGCUUUGCAACCGAGGAUGGUUUUCCCUGGUGCUUUCACCGACCCGAAUACAAUGCCUAUGCUGACGCUUCCUACAUUGAGAAGAUUCGCGCCAGCGGCGCCAGUCCCAAGUUAGUCCAUUGGCCUGGCAUUCUGAAACCAUGGUGUUUGAAGAAAAAACAGAGGAGCGUCUUUGAUGAGAUGUGGUGGGCUGCAGCGAAAACCAGUUGGGAAGCUUUGGAUCAUUCCGAUCAUCCCUGGUCCAUCCCUAGCAGUUUUAAUUGUGAUCUUCAUAUCUUCUCUCAGAGGAAAUGGAAGAUGAUACUGGCCAGGCGGAAGAACUUGAGCCGCGUUUGGUCCAGAGCAAAGUCUCUCGCAGAAACAGAACUUGAGCCGCUGUGCCAGAUCAUGUAG